GGUUCUCCGCCACCGCUGCGGACGGGCUCGCCGCGGACCGCGCAGCCGGAAGGAGAAAACAUGAAUGAGGUAAAGGACACCUUCAGAAGCAUAGAGCAGAACUACAAGCUCUUCCUUCAGCAGCAAUUCACGUUUAUCGGAGCACUGCAACACACCCGAGAAAACGCUCAUGACCUGAUCAGACCUGUGGCAAGCAUCAGCCAGGUACAGUCCUACAUGGACCAUCACUGUAACAAUUCCACUGACAGGCGUAUCCUCAGCAUGUUUCUAAACAUCUGCAAUGACCUAAGCAAGCUCUGCCAGAAGCUGGAAAGCGUGCAGCCUUGUAACAGCACAACCAGCGACAUUCUGGGGAGGUGCAAGGUGCUCCUCAGCCACAGCAACGACCUGAGCAGCAUCCGAGCCAAAUACCCCCAUGAUGUUGUGAAUCACCUGAGCUGUCAUGAAGCAAAGAAUCAUUUUGGAGGGGUUGUGAGCCUCAUCCCCAUUGUUCUAGACUGCAUAAAGGAGUGGAUAACCCACACUGAGAAGCUGUCACGGGAGGUACUGCAAAAUCUGAGUGGUGGAAAUGAUAUCUCUGAGAAGUCGGCACCCCAAGGUGCACCAGACAGGGCAGUCAUUUGCCAAACAGCACCUUCUGUGCACCCUGAAGUUCAGACCUCAGCUAAAGAUAAUGUGCAAGUGCAAGGGAAUAAGCACGUCUGGAAGAAGCACCUCAAUGACACAAGAAGUCACAGUGGGAAACGUAAAAGUCCCUGGAAACCUCCCGGUAGACAUGCCUUUUAAAGGAUCAGAGUUCACCAUCUCAUACUUACCACCUUUAAUCAGGUGGCUGAAGACUGUGAAAUUAUUACUAGAGAUCCUGCCUAUCCAAGUCCACUUUCUGAAUAGUUAGCCCUCUAACCCAGCCUUGAGCAGGUACACACUCUCACCCUUGCUGGUAUUUCCAGCUGUAUCCCUACCAGCAGUAGUUGUAGCGUUAGAGCUUAUGAGUUGUAGUGUUAGACCAGCACUGCUGUGAGAGCAGGGAACAGUCAGGAGUAAUCAGGUUCUAAUCUUUCAGCCACAAAUCUUGGGCAGGUUUCUUGAAAAUGGGAUUUUACAGUUUCCCAGACUUCUGAGGAACACCCACUCAGGCACCAAAGACAGAGGUGUGAAGAACCUGCAUGUCUGAAGAACGUGAUGCAGAGCAGCAAAGUGGGAUUCAAACACAUGUCUGGGAUUCAGGCAUGUCCCUGAAGUUCCCUCACCCCCACUGAAACUUUUUAGUUAUUUGGA